AUGUCUGGCUACGGUAAUAACGACGACUCCUACGGAGGUGACAACAAUGAUAGCUAUGGCUCUCGCCAAGCCGGAAAUGACAACUACGGCUCGUCUCGCCGGGACAAUGAUGACAGUUAUGGCAGUUCCGGUCGCACUGGAGGCGGUAUCGGAUCGGGCCGCGACAACGACGACAGCUAUGGUAGCUCCGGCCGCACUGGUGACAACUAUGGUUCCUCUGGUACUGGCGGCGGCCUAGGAUCAUCUGGCAACGAGUUCGGCUCGUCCCGCCGCGAUAAUGACGAUAGCUAUGGCAGCUCCGGUCGCACUGGAGGAGGCAUCGGAUCGGGCCGUGACAAUGAUGACAGCUACGGCAGUUCUGGCCGUACUGGUGACAACUACGGUUCGUCUGGUACCGGCAGCGGCCUUGGAUCAUCUGGUCGUGAUAACGACAAGAGCUACGGAACCAGCGGUACUUCCGGAUAUGGCUCAAGUCGUGUUGACGACCUCGCUGCUGGCGAUCGCCAAGGUGAUAUCGACUCGUACGGAACCAGGGGUACUACCGGCGGUAUCAGCGGCACCAGUGGCGGUCUUGGUGGUGAUGACUCUUACGGCUCAUCCGGCCGGGACACCUAUGGUUCAUCUGGCACCCGCAACGACGAUUCAUAUGGCUCAUCUGGCCGAGGCACUUCGGGCUCUGGAAAUGACAGCUACGGUUCAUCCGGCCGCCAGGAUGAGAACGACCACAAGAGCAAGAAGAGUGACUCCACCUUCGGUAAGUUGUUGGAGAAGGCUGGUGAUACUCUCAACAACCGGGGCCUCGAGGAGAAGGGCCGUGCCAAGCGUGAGGAGAAGGGAGCCUUUGGCGAUGACAACUACUAG